UACUGCCUAUAUUCUUCGCUCUUACGCCGGGCGCUCGCCUUCUCGGGGCGUUGGUCCCGAAUAUCUCGCAGACGACGAGAUCCCGCUUGUCUGCCGUCAGAUGUUUUCCAACGACAGGUGACUUAGACGAGCCUCAAACUGUAACGGGCGGCAUCAGUCAAAGCACCGAAGUCAGGGGCACGCAACAUGAGGCGGCGCCGCUCCUCCUGACUAACCUACUGACGAGAGUGAAUUAACACAGUCAGCCUAACAACGCAUCUCCAAUUUUGUUUCAGUUUUUUUCGAUGUUAGUAGCAGGGCCUACAUCUUCAUCACUGAGCGUGAUGACGACGGAUGACAGUAUGAGUGACGACGUAUUCGAGUCGCCAGAAGACACAGCUAUGACGGAGAGUGGAGGGGGAGGAUCAGUUAGCAAACAGAUGAAUAUGAUGUCUGUUCCUGGGCAACACUCACAAUUAAAGACACCGUCUCCAACAGGAUACCGCGACUAUAAGCCUCCUGUUGAGAUGCUAAAACUGUACGAGCAACAGCAAGAAGAGUCUGAACAAAUGGUACACAAGACAAUUUUGCUGGGGGACAGCGGAGUCGGGAAAACAUCUUUAUUAGUGCAGUUCGACACAGGGAAAUUUCAGACUGGGACGUUCUCAGCUACCGUGGGUAUCGGUUUUACGAACAAAGUCGUGACGGUGGACCAGUCAAAAGUGAAGCUUCAAAUCUGGGACACAGCAGGUCAAGAGCGCUUUAGAAGUGUUACACACGCUUACUACAGGGAUGCACAUGCCUUACUCUUGUUAUAUGAUGUUACGAACAAAACGAGUUUUGACAAUAUCCGAGCAUGGCUUGGCGAGAUUCGAGAAUAUGCCCAGGAUGAUGUGGUUAUCAUGCUGUUAGGUAACAAAGCAGACUGUGGAUCUGAAAGAGUGGUACGUAAGGAGGAUGGGGAGCGGCUUGCAAGAGAGUACAAUGUUGCCUUCAUGGAAACAUCAGCAAAGACAGGACUCAAUGUUGAACUUACCUUCAUGGCCGUUGCCAGGGAGUUGAAAUUCAGAAAAAGUGGAAACCCAGAUGAGUCAAAAUUCAAUGUUCAGGAUUAUGUCAGAGAGCAGUCACAACGUGGUUCCUGUCCACCUUGUAACACAUGAACCAGGAGAGUUGGAAGCUGUAAAAUGGGUUGGAAAUGUUGGCAAUAUAUUCUCUGAGAAAAAACAUUUAGCCUGAUAAAUGCUAUUUGUGGUCACCUGACUUACAAAUCAUGCAAAUAGAUACUGGUUACUGUUUUAAAGUAUACAGUGUCCCAAAUGCGCAUUUACACUCUUCGUAUACAAAUGACAGAAUUGAAAAUGUGUUUAUAAAUUCUGCAGUGGUCAGUCAACUAAAAACCUGGAGUGGUAAAGAGCCUUAAGAGGAAGGAUUUUUAUUUGAAAUAAACAUGUAAUAUAUUUGGCCAAAGGGUAUUAUUUUAUUGGUAAAAUUCUGAUAUUUUUACAAAACACAGUAUUUUUUUGAUUACAAGUUCAUAAUUAUAUAAAAUUUAACCACAUAUUAUUAACAUAUAAAUGACAGAUAUAUUUUUAAAACUCACAAUAGUGGGUUAUAGAAUGUUUCUUGCUUCUUGCAUGUCUUGCUUUAAACAUUCUGAACACAACAGGUGUGAUCACUUAGGACCAAUUAAGAAAUGGCCACGAAAAUCCUACCCUGGUCAUAUAUAUGUAAAUAUGUAAUAGAGAAACAGUUCCCAUAAUUUGGUCUGUAACUGUGGGCUUCCAGUAAGUGUUGGCAUCUCACAUAAACUUUACAGUGCUGCUGUAUUUGCUCAACUGUAAGCCAGUGUAAUUAAAAACUAUAUGUUUCCCAGGCUAAGAAACUAGACAACAUUUAUAUACAAAUUAAAAAUUACUCUACCAUUAAAUGUACCCUCUCUCUCUCCUUUGGUUUUUUUUUUCAGAUUUGUAAGUAUUAUAUUUGAAUAUGUGUUUUGAUACAAGUUUUUUAAAUUUCUUUCAUGAUGGAGGAUCUUUUGUGUAUUUUACACUAGGUCAUAUAGCAUACUACAUCCCAGCUUGAUGCUUAAGUGUGAAAUGUGACAGCUGGAAACAAUUAUAAACAGUACAUGAUGUAACACAAUCACCAGACAAGAUGUAUUUUCAUGCCAGUACUUAAACAGUAUUGUGUUUGGUACUCUAAAUGCUGGGAGUAGAAGUGCCUGUAAUUAAUGAACUUGGUUGUUAUUAUCAGCACUGACCACUCACCUUCAGCUAGUGUCUAGGUCAAGAAAAUGUGGAUCUAUACAUCCACUCCCCCAUACAUCUUC